AUGCUUGUAUCCACCCCAUCCACCAUGACUCUCGUCCAUACAGUGCUCUUCCAGUUCAAGGAAGACAGCCAGCCAGAAGCUGUGAAAAAAGCAUGCGAGCACUUUCUGUCUCUCAAAGAUUCGUGCAUUUACCCGACUACCAACAAGCCCUAUAUCCUGUCGCUCAAGGGUGGCAAGGAUAAUUCUCCCGAGGGCAUGCAGAAUGGUCUCACUCAUGGAUUUGUCGCGACAUUUGCGUCGGCCGAGGACAGAGACUACUACGUCAGCAAAGACCCGGUGCAUCUAGCUUUUUCCAAGAGCGUUGGCGACAUCCUGGCAAAGGUCACUGUUGUCGACUUUCUCGACGGCAUCUACUAG